GGAAACCCCUGAAAUGUCCCUGACAUGUGCAAGACGUUUUCCGCGGUGGCGGCCACAGGGCGCACAGUGGGACGGCAGCGCGAGCACAGGGGGCGCCCGCAGUCGGUGACUCCUGAACCCGCCCCCUGCAGGCCGGGCUGUCCCGGGGCCUGGGAGGGCAGCGCCGCCGGGCUUCGCGCCAUGACAUCAGCCCUGGAGUGGUGCAGUGUGCAAAGCCCACUGGUUGGCGUGGCCCGGGACACGCCUUCCCCGGAGCGGAACAAAACGGCGCGCAGGCCGGGCGCACCCAGCCGCCACUUCCGAGAGCGCCCGCAGCCCGCGCGCCGUCCAGCCAGCUGCCAGAAUGCCGAACUGGGGAGGAGGCAAGAAAUGUGGGGUGUGUCAGAAGACAGUUUACUUUGCCGAAGAGGUUCAGUGCGAAGGCAACAGCUUCCAUAAAUCCUGCUUCCUGUGCAUGGUCUGCAAGAAGAAUCUGGACAGCACCACGGUGGCCGUGCACGGCGAGGAGAUCUACUGCAAGUCCUGCUACGGCAAGAAGUAUGGGCCCAAAGGCUAUGGCUACGGGCAGGGCGCGGGCACCCUGAGCACUGACAAGGGCGAGUCGCUGGGCAUCAAGCACGAGGAAGCCCCUGGCCACAGGCCCACCACCAACCCCAAUGCGUCCAAAUUUGCCCAGAAGAUUGGUGGCUCCGAGCGCUGCCCCCGAUGCAGCCAGGCAGUCUAUGCUGCGGAGAAGGUGAUUGGUGCUGGGAAGUCCUGGCAUAAGUCCUGCUUCCGAUGUGCCAAGUGUGGCAAAGGCCUUGAGUCAACCACCCUGGCCGACAAGGAUGGCGAGAUUUACUGCAAAGGAUGCUAUGCUAAAAACUUCGGGCCCAAGGGCUUUGGUUUUGGGCAAGGAGCUGGGGCCUUGGUCCACUCCGAGUGAGGCCACCAUCACCCACCACGCCCCGCCUACCCCUGCGCUUUUCCUCACCAUUCCCUCCCCAGCAGCUUUGGAGACCUCCGGGAUUAUUUCUCUCUCUCGGCCCUGCCACAUAUCACUAAUGACUUGAACUUGGACAUCUGGCUCCCUUUGGUUUGGGGGUCUGCCUGAAGUCCCACGCCACUAAAGGGCUCCCCAGGCCUGGCAUCUGACCCCAUCACCAGUAGGAGACUUCAGUGAUUUUAAUCUAGGUGAGAGCAGGCCCCUCUCCCCAGACCUCACCCCACAGAGCUCUGUUCUUAGCCUCUUGCUCUGUGCGUCCAUCAUCAGCUGGCCAAGACACCUGAGGACACAUCUUGGUGCCCAGAGGAGCAGCAGCAACAGGCUGGAGGGAGAGGGAAGCUAGACCAAGAUGGGGACGGGGGAGGGCUGGGUUUAUUGGAUCCCAGAGAUUCUCUUCUGUGGGAAAGAGGAUGGGCUUCCUAGCGUCCCUCAGAAUAAGCCUGAGGAGUCCCAGCUCAGGGAGUCACUGCCGGAGGCAGAGAGGCACGCAGGCAGGGUCCGAGGAGCCCCUGCUUCUCAAGGCCUCUUGCCUUUGAGUCUUUGUGGAACUGAUAGCCUCCCACUUGGAGUGGGAGGAGAAUAACCCAGGUCUAAGGACUGCUAAGUCAGGAUGUCAUUUAACCUUCUCAGACAUGCCGUUCCCUGCUUGAUGGGGGAUCCUAAUGAAACGCCUGAAACAUAUGUUGGCGUUUAUCAGUGGCCCAAAUCUUCAGGUAGUUACCUCUGGCCUUAACGCUGGGUCCUGAGGCUGUGGUCAGCAGAGCCCAGGUCAGGGCCCUGUUCUUGCCACACCUACUUGAUCCUCAGAUGUGGAGGGAGGUAGGCACAGCCUCGGUCUUCAUCCAGACACCCCUUCCCUUUGCCCUGAGACCUCAGACUCUUCCCUUUAACCCAAGACCCUGCCUCUUCCACUCUGCCCUUCUCAAGGGAUCCUUUGAUCACAUCACUCCACCGUUCCAGGCCCCAGGUUAGGAGUAGUGGUGGGAGGAAGGGGAAAGGGCUGGGCCUCACUGCUCCACGCGACUGAAAGAACAACAGUAUCUGAGAGAAAGAACAACACUGAAAAGGCUGCAGGCAUGGGCUGUACCCAAGCGGAUUUCUCAUCUGGUCAAUAAAGCUGUUUAGACCAGAA